UUUCCCAACAUGGCGGUUAAUUUAAUAAAGUUUUGAUAAGAAAUCGUUCUAUACUCGCUUGAAUACGGCUGUCCGAACAACAUUAUCUCUUCAAGUAUCGUGAAUAUAAAAUUGUCUCGUCUGAAAUGUCGGGGGAGGUAGAGAACAGCUAUAAAAUCCGUCCAAACUUCAAGGAAAAAUUCCGUCCAGUAGCAAUUAAAUCACUUAUACACGAUGUGCUAAACGAAGAACUGAGCGGCAAGCAGUACAACAGCGAAGAAUGUACGACAUGGUCAAAAACGCUGUCAGAGGCUAUAAAGGCGAAGGUGAAAGAUCUAAAUCUGGACAGAUACAAAAUAUUGGUGCAAGUUGUAAUUGGUGAGCAGCGAGGAGAAGGAGUGAAAGUGGCUUGCCGAUGUCUUUGGGAUUCAGAUACGGACAAUUAUGCCCAAGAUAUAUUUAUGACGGAUACUUUCUUUUGUGUGGCGUCAGUAUACGGUGUCUAUCAUUAUUAGUCAUGCGUGAAACGUUAAAACGUCUUAGUUUAAUUCAAGCGUUUCUUGUUCUAUAUUUUUUCCAAAUAGUUAAAUCUUUCAAAUAUUUCUUAGUAUCAAAUGUAUAGGACAGGAAAGCUAUAAUUUAUUAAUAUACAGUAAAGUUUACUUUUAAUAAUAUACGCCAUUCUCAUUGCAUGUUCAUAUAUAUUAUUUCGUGCAUAAGAGGCCCGGCAAUCAUGAAUUGGUUUGACUUGUUAUAGAGUAUCACAAAGAUAUAUUAAGCCAAUAACUUGCGUGCACAAUUGCUACUGUUACUGCUCUCUUCUGCAACACUUAUUUUAUCACACUUGAUAACAUACAAUUUGCAUAUUACUCCAUUUUGCUUUACCUGCAUUUGCAAUUUCCAUUUUUCAAUAAGUGUUCUUGCUCCUUGCAAUGUAACUAAAAUAAAAAAUUACUAUAGUAUUAAAAUUCGGGUUGUAAUAUAACCUAAAAUUAUAGACCUGUAUCUUCCAUAGAGUUGCUAUAAGAUUCUUCCAAUAUAUUCAGAAUAACUUCGUAAAAUAUAUUCAAAAUUUCUCGCUAGAGUUACGAAUUGAAAAAUAUUGGUCAACUUUUUAAAGGUUAAUAAACAAGGUAUAUAUCUACGAUAAUGGAGUUUUGUUUUUAACCCGAUCCAGUACCUCUAGAAUUUUUGGGUUAAACUAAGUGGUUUGUCAAGUGGAUUUCAAAUUUGUAAAAUUUUGCAGCUGCAUCCAAAAAUUUGUGACCGCAAUUGUUGUGGCGGAGUACCACAAGGAUCUAACGUGGGUCCUCCGCGAUUCCUUAUUUUUCAUGAACUAUUUAGAUCAAGGAAUGCUUGCCGACGACACGAAUAUACGUGCCCCAUCUCAAUGAAAGGAAAAUUUAAACAGCGCCUAAUUCUCAAAGCUAAUGCACAACUGUUUUCGUCCCAUAAACUUGCACUUAAUAAGAUGAAUCUAUGAUAAUUGGUUCAUAUUAGAAAAUAUCGAAUAUUGAACCUUAGUAUUAAAUUCAGAAAAAGUAUUGAAAGGUAUAUAGAACGACUGGAGAGUUGUGUUACCAAGUUAUAUAUAAGUUAGCAGUUUCAUAUUUUGACUGUUGCAGUCUUGUCAAAAAGGUAGCUGGGUGCAUGGCUGGGGUACUAAUUAAAGUGGAAGCGAAUAGUUUGGAUGGAUACUGAAAUAAAAUGAAUGCUGAAAGAAAUUAAACAGCACUAAUCUCAGUUUCCGUAGUACUGGAAAUGUGGUCAAAAUGCUCCGUAUAUACAACCGAAAACAAAUUUUUUGAACCAGUUAACUGCUACUGCUGCUGUUGCUGAAGGAUAUAAAAUUGUAAAACGUUUUAAUAAAAAAUUAAUAUAUAAAAUAAAUAAAAAGAGGCUGUAACGC